AUGAAGGGUGUGAUGAGGUUUGGGAAGAAGGGCACGCUUAACCCUAGAUUCAACGACCCUUUUGAGAUUUUGAGUCGAGUGGGAAAUGUGGCUUAUAAGUUUGACUUGCCACCUAGCUUGUCAGUUGUGCAUCAUAUGUUUCAUAUCUCCAUGCCUCGAAAGUAUGUGCUAGAUAAUUCUCAUGUGCUUUCUCUUGAUUCAGUUGUGUUGGAUCCAGAUUUGUCAUUUGAGGAGGAGUCUAUAACCAUCCUGGAUAGGCAGAUUCGAAAGCUUAGGACGAAGGAGAUUGCUUCAGUGAAGGUGCAGUGGAAGCACCAUUCAGUUGGUGAGGCAACUUGGGAGAAGAAGUCUGACAUAGGUGCCAGAUAUCCUCAUCUUUUCGAGGCUUCAGCCUAUGGAUUGACUUUGAUCAACAUUCGGGGUUUGGAUGUUCGAAUCGAAUUUCCAACAGCUUCGUUGGAUUUAGGCGUGAUUUUAGGCAUAUUGUAA